AUAAAUACUAGCUAUGUAAUAGUGUUAGGGCCUUUACAUUCUAGACCGUUUUACUUGGUUAGAGAAAGACAUGAAACUUGAGAUGGCCAUAUGCAACAAGUCAUUAUUUAUAGGCCCUGGGGUCUUCGGCCUUUGUAUUUCAUGAGGGGGUCUUAGGCUUUUGCCUGGUUUAAGAUAAAACUUUAUUUUAUUCAGUUCUAAAUUUGGUUUCUACACGAUUAUUCGCGACCUGAAAAGUCUGUCGACAGUUAUUGACUUCCUUUAAAAUGAAAAUACUUUUUAAAAAUUGUUUCCCCCAACCUGUUAAAAUGUCCGUUGACAGUAAAUUUCUUGUUUCAAUCAGGAUCCAAGUGGGCAGCUCCAUUUGAGGGGAUAUUAAGUAGACAGGAAGGAAAACUGAACAGCCUAAUCAGAAAUCCUAUGCAUCUGUGAUUUAUGCAGGGCAGCCUGCCCAGGGGAGAGAAAAAAAACAGUUCUAAGUCUGGGAACUUGUAACGGCGUUCAAUGUUUCUUAUUAGACCAAGAAUUGUUAGUUCACAGGAACGCUGUUCCAAAAUUGUUCUGUUCACCCAGAAGGCAGGCUGAAGAUCCAUCUUGCUGUUUUCCCUGGGAGUGCAGUGGAGUGAUUUGCAGUUAUUUUAUGACAAGUGGGAUUCAGUGGCAGUGAGGAGGAGGUGAUUUCGAAACAAGACCGAAUCAUUCAAGGGAACGGUCGUGGCAAGCUAUCAAUGCAAAUCGGCUGGGAGGUUUUAUUAUUUUUAUUUACCUGGCCUUUUGGUGUAUUUGAAGGAAAUUUUGGCCCAUCACCCUCGGAGACAGAUUCUGGGCUGGAUUUGCUGUUUGUCUCACUUGUACUUAAUUAACGUAACUCGCCCUGUUUUAAAAAAAAACUCCGCUCGUAAAAAGAUUGCUAAUUAACGUCAGCAAGGAUUCCUUUUAUCUAUCUAUUUGACAAAAUCAGUCUGGAUUUCAUCCUAAGACUCCUGUCAGCAAAUAUGAGGCUGAAGAGGAAUGGAUCGUACACACUGCACAGAGCAGUCGAGGAGGAAGUUAGUGCAGAUCUUGGGAACAGCAUGUGAAGAUCAAGAGGAGGCAAAGAGACCAGCUACAGCUCGAUGGACAUCCUGUUCUGCUUCGACUGCGUCUUGUUUAGCAUGUCUAUGCCUCUGCAUCAACUCAAGAUUUGAUUUGCCUCAUCCAUGGCAGACCCUGGAAAUGUUAAACAGAGAUUACCUAUUAAGGAAAAGAUUUUGGAAGUCAAAGACUAAGCCAAACGGUAAAAAAACAGGAGCAGAGGAGAAGAAAUUAUAUUUGGAGCCUGAAUAUACCAAAGCAAGAAUAAUAGAUUUCAACUUUAAGGAAUUGGUGACUUUACCACGUGAAAUUGACCUGAAUGAAUGGCUAGCUAGCAAUACAACAACAUUCUUCAACCAUAUAAACUUACAGUACAGCACCAUCUCUGAGUUCUGCACUGGUGACACUUGUCAAACGAUGACUGUGUGCAAUACGCAAUAUUACUGGUAUGAUGAAAGGGGAAAGAAAAUCAAAUGCACAGCCCCGCAAUAUGUGGACUUUGUCAUGACUUCCGUACAAAAGUUUGUGACAGAUGAAGAUAUUUUUCCAACAAAAUAUGGCAAAGAAUUUCCAAAUACUUUUGAGUCUUUAGUUAAAAAGAUCUGCAGGUAUCUGUUCCAUGUACUGACUCACAUCUACUGGGCUCAUUUCAAGGAGACUGUUGCAUUGGAACUGCACGGACACUUAAAUGCACUGUAUAUGCAUUUCAUGUUAUUUAUAAGAGAAUUCAAUUUGGUAGAUCCCAAGGAAACACUUGUCAUGGAUGACCUGACUGAAAUCCUCUACAGCAAUGCAGCAGCAGCACAGAACCAUGUCAAAGAAAGAUGAGCCACAUGCAAAGGAAAGACAUUUCAUCAUGAAGAUUGUGGGACUUAUCUCAAAUGUGCAGGAUCAAGUGUGGAUUUCAUUUCACACUCUAAAUGCAGUGUUUACUUUUAGGAAAGAACCACGCUUGACAUGGGAAGAUGUUUUCUAGAAUGGUGGUACUGCCAUUUUUAAUAUAUAAUAUGUUAUUAAAAGAUGACUAACUUUGAAGUGGCAUGCUGGUAAACAUGCUCUGUUUACUGCUUCUCCCCUACUGAGUAGGAAUGAAAUGGGUAAGCCUUGGUUUUGACCCAGGAAAAUAGAGGUUGGAAUUUGUGUGGUUAUAAUCUUGGAAUGCUGGAGCUAUCAUGUUGCUCUGACACCUAAUCAAGUACCUCUCAAUAUUAUCAGCUUGGACCAGUUGCGCACGACAGAAAUAAUGUUUCUUAGCACAUUCUAUGUGCAAGCUCCAUAGCUAUACUUUAAAAAAAGAACUUAAUCUGCAGCUUAAAACAAUAUUUUGGCUUGCAUUCAAACCUGUGGGAUGAAAAUUAUUUUUCCCUCAUUAAGCAAUUCUAUAUUCAGUUAACCUUGCAGAUUAGCCUCAUUCUAGAUAAAUAGUCAAAGGCAGUGCUGCUGGGGAGCAAAUAGCAUGCAAAGGUGGACCCUGCAGUCUGGCCUGGUUCAAUACGACAGGAGGGUCUCCACUCUGGCACAUUAAUGGUGAGCUCUUGAUGCUUUUUACCCUUGCUCAACUAUCUGGAAGAUUUUCCUGAUCGGGCAGAAAGGAGAAAGUCAGUCUGAUGUUCCUGCGAAGAUAGCCACUUCAGAGUGUACACACAUUUUGUAAAUACUGUUUAAAGUUAAGGUUGGUGUGCUGUAUGUGAAUGCAAAUAGCAACCUAAGUUUUUCUAUCAGUUCAUUAUUGAUUUAUGGUUAUUUUCGUUUUCUGUUAUAAUGCAUCUUCUAAGUUCAGCCAAGUUGCUCACCCUCAUGUUUGUUAGGAAUAAAAAAAAAGAGGGACAGUGGGGAUCAAUACACAGAUUGCCCAAUCUCAGUUGCCUCAUUUUUGAUUUUAAACUGAGGGAACAGCACGCAAUAUUUCAUUUUAAUUAUCAUUUUAUUUAGAAGUGUAGGGUUUUUUUUUGCUGUUCGUUUCUCUUAUGUUGGAACAUGUUGCACUUGAACCUUGUUCAUUGUAGUCAACCUUGGUUUCCAGGUGUUUUCAAGCAAAUUUAUUUUGUUUUUGGCUUCAUUAAUAUAAAAUUACAAAUAAAAGUAAUUAUAAAACA